UCCGCUCACGAGCUUAACACUCGCCGUAUAUCCAAGAGAUUUGUGGACUUCAACUUGUUGUUGAUUGGCGAAAACGGAGUUGGCAAGAAAAGCUUCAUUAACACCUUGUGUGAGGAAGCUGUUUUCGACAUCACUGAUACCACCUCCUCAACGUCCGAGUUUCAUGUGGCGACCAACGAGGUGAUUAUACGCAAAGAAUAUCCGAUCCGCUUGACUGUUCACAGAACCGAAAAUUUCGGGGCUGAGUUGAAUAACUACUCAAGUUUCCAGAAGAUCGUCGAUUUCUUGGACGAGAAAUUAGAACAGAAACUCGCCGAAGAGUCAAAAAUCGCCCGCAGCCGGUGUACAAAGGAAGGGCUUAUCCAUUUGGUGGUGCUCCUCGUUGACCCCAUAAUGAAAGGGUUGAAACCUCUUGAGGUGGAGCUCAUUUCCAGAAUUCAGCACAAGUGUAAUUUGGUGGUGUGCGUGUCGAAAUGUGAUAUGCUCAACUAUCCUGAGUUACAGCAGCAGAAAUCGCUUAUUCAGCAGUCGGUGGCUACCAACAAGUUGAAGGUGUUCGACUUCAAGGCGUUUGUGGAUGAAGAAGAUGUAGACCUGGAACUCAAGGAAUAUUACCGGCAGAUCCAACAAAUGAUGCCGUUUUCGAUCAUCAACGCCAACGACUCAAGCCACGGUGUCCGCAACAAUAUUCACCACUCGGUUGAUGUCAACAAAUUUAGUGACUUCAACGUGGUUCGUGACGUGCUUUUCAACCUUGAUUUACAAGGAUUCAAAGAAUUAAGUGUUAACACCAUAUACGAGAUAUACAGAACUGAAAAGUUGUUACAAAAAUAG